CCUCCCAGUCGCAGCCAGCCAGCCAGCAAGCAACCGUUCUCUCUCUGCAGUCGGUCGCAGAAGCCAAGCUAGAGAGAGGGAGGGAGAGUGAUGAGGCCGGAGAGGGGUGCAGGCGGUGUCGCGGCGGAGCUGAUGGCGGGCGGCGGCGCGCGGCCGAGCCCGUGGCGGACGCCGACGCCGUACCUCUUCCUGGGCUUCGCGCUCAUGAUGGGCCUCAUCGUGGUGGCGCUGCUCGUGCUCAUCUGCGCGCGCCACCAGGCGGCGCGGCGCGAGGCCGGCGGCGAGGAGAAGCCGGCGUCCGUGCGCGGGGUGCUCGUGCCGCUCGACCGGGAGGCGCCCGGGGUCGUCGUCAUCAUGGCCGGCGACGCCCUGCCGUCCUUCCUCGCCAGCGCCAAGCCGCUCGCCCCCUUCGCCGCCCCCCGCGCCGCCGACGCCAUGUAGCUGCGAGAACCACCCGCGCGGCCAACAGAGCGGCGACGCGGGGCCAAUUUUGUCGAGAAAUGUUCUUUUCUUCUUUUUCUCUUUGUUCUUUGGCUCGGAGUUCUUCCGUGGCGUGAGACGAGAGAGCGCCCAGUCGCCGCCGGCGGCGGCGGCGGCGGCUUUGAGUGGGAUCUGUGAAACGAAGUUUGGUUUGGUUUGGUUUGUUCCAGCAACGCAAAAGCUUCCAGCUUCAAUGAAACGCGUGCGGCCUUUUUGUGUUG